AACAUUUACAUACAUUAGGUGAAAUUUAAACAAUAAACAUAAAAUUACACAGGUCAUAAAUUUAAUAUAAAAACAUUUAAAAUAUUUAUUUUAAACCAAUUGCUGCGGAGCCUCCUCCCCACCGGCAGGUGGAAAUAAAGCAUUAUACCGCCACAUGAGUUUUAUAUACCUGUACUUUCGCAUACCCUACGGGCACGUUUACGCGGUACUUGUGUCAACAUAUCACAACUGAAGCCUAGAGACCUUUUGACGGGACCAACUACAAUACGUUUUUGUCUGGUAUGCCACAGAAAGUCUGAGAAAUAUGGCGUUAAGUGUUUUCUCCUUCCAGUCGCAGCUCGUCUCCAUCAUGGACGCGUUGUCCAAAACAGCUGUUAUGGAGAUAUCUAAACUAGUGGAGAUCGAGUCAAAGAUGCUAAAAAUCGAAAUAAAUCGAGGGCGCAACGAGAUCUCAUCGCUUACAGAAAAACUGCAGCUGAUGGAGAAAUUAAUGUACAUCGCCCAGGAGAGAAGGCAGGAUUCUACAGCAGCUGCUGCGUGCUCGAUAAUAAGGGAGAAUCCAGCAAGCAGUAUUCUGGAACAGGGCAUUACUAGACAUGGCUUCAAGAGUGAAACCCCAUGGAAAACCACGAGUUCCCUCUCUGAAACAAGCAUUUCAAAUCAGGAGAAAGAGCAACCUACAUCUAAACAGGUUCAAACCCCAUUACAGGAGCAUCACAAUCAAAUUGUGGUUAAGGAAGAGCUGUCAGAGGUGGAAAUUGGAGACUCUGAAUUACAAAAGACAAUGGAAAAGAGAAAGGAAGCAGCCGCAGACACUAAGAGGAGUUCUGACGUAACGCAGAGUUCCAAACCAUUCACAGGCUGUCAGCAACCUACGUUUGUUAGUAGCAUUGUGAACAUAGGUACGCAACCAUCCCUCCCUAGGUCAAAGCAGAGAGAAACACAACGGAAUGGAGCUUUUGAAUUUGCAGCCGAUGCCUUUGCUAAUAAUGUUGCCACCCAGAGCUUAAGCCUGCUUAGAAAUAUGAAGAUCCACAACUUGAGAAACUCUGCUGCUAAGAGGUUUGGUUGUUUACAGUGUGGCAAGAACUUCAGGUGCUACAGUCAGCUGGAAAUACACCAAAGAAGUCACACAGGGGAGAAACCCUACAGGUGCACACUGUGUGGAAAGAGAUACGCGCAAAAAGGGCAUCUGUACACACAUCAGCGCACACACACUGGGGAGAAACCAUACCGCUGUCCUAUUUGUGGAAAGGGCUUUAUUCAGAAGUGCACUCUUGAUAUGCACCAACGGACACACACAGGAGAAAGACCUUUUGUUUGUAUUAAAUGUGGUAAAGGAUUUACCAAGAACUGUAAUCUGAAAAAACACCUUUUAGUACAUUUAGAGCCUGGUUUGAACAUGUGUGACGUGGAAUCUGAUUCAGCAACAUUUAGUGCUACAUUAAUUGACGGAACCAUUUAAAAGAGUCUGUCAUGAUGCUUUUUUAUGAUGUUUGACUGAAAUAAAAAGAUUUGAGCUUG